AUGAAUAAUUGGCAACAUUUCUUCAACAAUCCUGUUGAUCUUUCGGAACAUCUGAAAAAGCCAUACUUUCGCUUCGAUAAUAGGGACAAGGAAGUUACAGCGAUUAGCUUCGAUGAGAAGGCAAAUUUAAUAUGGAGCGGAGAUAGUUAUGGUUGCAUUUCCUCAUAUGACCCAACAUUUCAACUUUAUACAAGAUAUAGGGGUCACAUAGGCGGAAACUCUGUAAAGGACAUCCUUAGCCAUCGAGAUGGUAUUUUAUCUAUUAGUGAAGAUUCAUUGCAUUUUGCUAAUAGAAGAGGCGUUACUAAAUUAAACUUAACUAGCAUUGAUAUUGCUGCAUUUAGUGAGUUAAAUACCAUGUGCUAUACUCCCCAUUCGCUACAAAAUAAUAUUUACUGUGGUGGUGACAACACAAACUGGGGAAUUGCCUCAAUUGACUUGAAUAAAGGUACAUUGGACUCACUUUUGAACUACUCUUUCAAGGUGAAGUUACUGUGCUCUAAUAAUAAAAUACUGUCUAUCGGGAGACAAACAGGGUCUGUGGAUUUGCUAGAUCCGGCAUCCAAUCGUACAAUAAAAUCUUUUAAUGCACACUCUGCAUCCAUAUCCGCUAUGGAUUUACGAGAUAAUACCUUGGUCACAGUAGGAAAAUCCAAAAGAUUUUAUAACCUAUAUGCUGACCCAUUUGUGAAUGUCUACGAUAUCAGAACAAUGCGUCAACUUCCUCCAGUCUCUUUUUCUAAAGGAACAACUAUGGGAUCUGGAGGUGCAGACUUUGUUCAAUUACACCCUUUGCUUCCUACUGUUAUGAUUGUCGCUUCUAGUUCGGGUUCUUUUGAUUUCAUUGAUCUUUCCAAUCCAACUUUGAGAACACAAUAUGUUCAUCCUUGCCAAUCAAUUAAGAAGUUCUCUUUAUCACCCAACGGUGAUGUAUUGGGCAUACUAGAGGCAGAUAACCACCUAGAUACAUGGAGAAGAUCAUCUAACAAUAUGGGAAUGUUUACCAAUACACCUGAAAUGUUGUCAUACCCUGAUUAUUUUAAUGACAUUACAUCUGACGCUCCUAUAUCAGUCGAUGACGAUACGUAUCCCUUGAGUUCUGUGGGAAUGCCUUACUAUCUUGACAAACUUUUAUCUGCGUGGCCUCAUGUAGUAUUUAAAAGUGAAGGCACUAUACCACAAUUAGUUGGUAAAGCACCACUACCAUCGAGCGGGAAGUUAAAAAGCAAUACCGCUGUGAUCUCAAGCCAAAAUGAGAUAUUGAACUCAUCAGAGUUUCCUCUGUUACGAUAUGAUCGCACCAAAUACGGUAUGAGAAAUACUGUACCAGACUAUGUUUGUUUAAGAGAUUUGAGGAAACAGAUAACAACCGGUAUAGAAACUAGUGAUAUACAAACGUAUACAGCAAUAAACAAGUACGAAGUACCACCUGCGUACAGUAGACUACCGCUGACAUCAGGCAGGUUUGGUACGGAUAAUUUUAAUUUCACUCCCUUUAAUAACACGGAAUAUUCCGGAUUAGAUCCAGAUGUUGACAACCACUAUACAAAUGCUAUCAUACAAUUAUACCGUUUUAUUCCCGAAAUGUUUAAUUUCGUAGUCGGAUGUUUGAAAGAUGAAAAUUUCAAAACAACCUUGUUAACUGAUCUGGGUUAUCUCUUCGAUAUGAUGGACAGAUCACAAGGAAAAAUUUGUAGCUCCUCCAACUUCCAAGCGUCGUUGAAAUCUUUAACGGACAAAAGAGAAUUAAAAAGCAAUGUAUCACAAGAGCAUCUAGAAGAAUAUUUAGAAUCGCUGUGCAUAGGAGAAAGCAUUGAAGAUUUUAGUUCCUCUGAAAGUAUUAAACGCAACAUGCCUCAAAAAUUCAAUAGAUUCCUGCUUUCACAACUCAUUAAAGAGGAAGCACAAACCGUCAAUCAUAAUAUAACACUCAAUCAAUGUUUUGGUCUUGAAACGGAAAUAAAAACAGAAUGUAGUUGCGAUCACUAUGAAACUACUGUCAAACUGCUACCUUCUCUAUCAAUUUCAGGAAUUAAUAAGACUGCAAUAAAGCAAUUAAAUAAAAAGAGCAACGGGCUAAAUAUAUUACCAUACAUCGAAUACGCCAUGAAAAGUGUAAUCCAAAAGAACAGUAUCUGCCCCGUCUGUGGAAAAGCCGAAACUAUUACUCAGGAGCAUACAGUCAAGAAUCUGCCUUCAGUACUGUCAUUGGAAUUAUCACUAUUAGAUACUGAAUUGUCAAAUAUAAGGCCGUCGAAGAAUUGGUUGAUUAGUGAAUUUUAUGGUAGUAUUAUAAAGAACAAGGCAUUCUUACGAGCAUCAGCAUCCGAGUUGAAGGGCACAGGCCACAUAUUCAAAUACGAAUUGAACGGUUAUGUAGCUAAAAUUACUGACAACAAUAACGAGACGCGUCUAGUGACAUACAUUAGAAAGUAUGAUCCGAACAAAAAUGACUUCAAGUGGCUCAUGUUUAAUGAGUAUCUGGUUGUUGAGAUAUCAGAAGAAGAGGCGCUUAAGAUGACAUACCCUUGGAAGACACCAGAGAUUAUCAUAUAUUGUGAUGCGGAAGAAUUGCGGAAACCAUUUUUCUCUGUUGAUACGUAUUCCAUUAACUAUGAUAUAUUAUUUCGUGAUUAUUUUGCAAACGGAAUAAGGGAUACUGCAAGAAGCGAGUAUAAGUUACUAACACACAAUGAAGCACCCAAAUCAGGAACUUUAGUAGCCAUUGAUGCAGAGUUUGUUUCAUUGCAAAGCGAAUUAUGUGAAAUUGAUCACCAAGGAAUCAGAAGUAUUGUUAGACCUAAAAGAACUGCUCUUGCCAGAAUAUCCAUUAUUAGAGGCGAGGAAGGAGAACUAUAUGGUGUACCUUUUGUUGAUGAUUACGUGGUAAAUACAAACCACAUAGAAGACUACCUAACAAGAUACAGUGGGAUACUCCCCGGUGACUUAGAUCCUACAAAAAGUACUAAAAGACUUGUAGAAAGAAAUGUAGUAUAUCGGAAAGUCUGGCUGCUAAUGCAGCUUGGUUGUGUAUUUGUUGGUCACGGUUUGAAUAACGAUUUCAAACACAUUAAUAUCAACGUCCCAAAAAACCAAAUUCGCGAUACCGCCAUAUACUUCUUACAAGGAAAGAGAUACCUUUCAUUACGUUACCUGGCAUAUGUGUUGCUAGGAAUGAAUAUCCAAGAAGGAAAUCAUGAUUCUAUUGAGGAUGCACAUACUGCUUUGAUUCUUUACAAAAAAUACCUCGAUUUAAAACAGAAAGCAAUUUUCGAGAAGGUCCUGAACAGCGUAUAUGAAGAAGGAAGAGCCCACAAUUUCAAAGUCCCAGAAAACCUAAAGGGGUAG